UUGGGCAAUGCAGCGCGACGAUGGCUUUGUCUACUGUUACGGAAACUUGUACAGCCUCCUGCUCUACUGGGGAUUGGUCACAAUCCGGGUGAGAAGUCCUGAUCGUGGAGGAGCGGUCUCAAAUAGGUGGACUGUGUGCUACGCCCUGUUCGCGCGCUUCUUUAUGGUCAUCUGCUUUAUGGCUAGCGUGAUGACUAAGCUGAGGGAUCCCGAGAUGUCCGCUGCCAUGCUUGGACACCUCAGCCUGUUGGGCAAGGCGAUAUUCAUCUGGGAGUGCCUCAGCUGCUCGAUCACCUACAUUGGGUACUGCCUUUCGCUGGACUCGCAGAGGAACAGGCACUUGAAACUCCUGGCUAGGAUGCAAGAGUUCGAUCAGUCUGUUUUGGUGGUGUUCCCUCAUGUUCAGUGGAACUAUCGACGCGCUCGCUUGAAGUAUUGGUAUGGCACUCUGAUUGUCGGCUUUUGCUUUCUCUCCUUUUCCGUCUCACUGAUCUUCGAUACGACGCGUUGCACAUGCGGCAUACUGUCCACCAUGCUGAUGGCCUUCACCUACCCCUUGCUGACCAGUUCCGUAGGAUUGCUGGGUUUCGUGCACAUAGCUAUUAUGGACUUCAUAAGGGUUCGUCUGCGUCUGGUGCAGCAGUUGCUUCAACAACUUUACCAAGCGGAUGACAGUUCAGAGGUGCACGAAAGGAUUGCUUAUCUUUUCGAAAUGUCCAAGCGCUGCUCGUUCGUCCUUGCGGAGUUAAAUGGAGUUUUUGGAUUCGCCGCAGCUGCUGGUAUCUUUUACGAUUUCACUAUCAUGACCUGCUUCGUGUACGUCAUCUGCCAAAAGCUGCUGGAGAGAGAGCCCUGGGAUCCCGAGUACGCCUUCAUGUUGCUGCACGUGGCCAUACACACCUACAAAGUGGUCAUCACUAGCACCUAUGGGUAUUUACUUCUGCGGGAGGUGGGUGACCUUAUUUCUGUGUGCAGAAAUGUGAAUCAAUAUAGAGCCUUCUGGUCAUCUCUAGAAACGCAACUGUAUGCAUUUGUUGAGCCAAUACUCCCGAUACUUCUCCGGACAGGAUGUAGCUCGCCGGCAAACGGAGGACUUUCAGCAUUGGCGCAUGCACAAUCGGCAGGCGGCAAUGGUGGGCAGAACAGCUUUGCUCAGUGUUUCUACCAUCUACCUGGUGUACAACGGUAUGGCCAACUAUGUGAUUAUCCUUGUGCAACUGCUAUUUCAGCAACACCAAAUCAAGGAUCACCAGUUGACAUCGGGCAAAGAUGUGGACAUUGUGGGGCCAAUGGGACCCAUUACUCACUUGGAUUAAAAUAG